AUGUCCGCCACCAACUCAAUCAAUCACGUCUUGAAUGAAACCAAGGGGCCCGCAUCGUCUUUAGACGUAGAACGCCAAGGCUCUCAUCACCUGGAGACGACCAGGUCGGUGAAGUCUUUAGGCGCCGGAUCUGCACUUGCUCUGGGUGCAUUUGGCACAACUCUGACCACACUGUCGCUGAGUUUGAUGGAAUGGCGUGGGGUGACGACGACCAAUGUAUUCGUUGCGAACUUCUUCUUCAUUGCGGCCUUUGGGCUGGUGGUGACCGCUCAGUGGGAGCUCUCGAUUGGGAAUGGUUUCGCAUACACGGUGUUUAGUGCCUUUGGACUUUUCUAUGCAGGGUAUGGUGCCAUUCUCACUCCCGCCUUUGGCAUUGAGAAGGCAUAUGGGGGGGAUACGGUGCAGUAUAACAACGCACUGGGAUUUUUCAUGAUUCUGUGGACCGUAUUCGUGUUUACCUUCCUGAUUGCCUCGCUCGCUAGCAAUCUCGCUUAUAUUGCGGUGUUCUUUCUGGUGGAUCUGGGUUUCUUGACUGUGGCUGCAAGUUACUUUGCUGAGGCGGACGGACAUCACGCUGCCUCGGUAGCGUUGAAGAAAACCGGAGGGGCGUCGUGCUUUGUUGCUGGACUGAUCGGAUGGUAUAUUGUGUUUCAUCUGCUACUGCAAGAGUCAAUCGUCGAUCUACCUCUGGGAGACACGUCGCGAUACUUUGGCAAGAGAAGCAAAGCCAACCAGGAUUAA